GAAUAAUUUUUAAAGUUUAUUGGUUUGACGACAUUUGCGGACAAUGCUUGCGGACUAAUAUUUGCGGACAACUUUUUGCGGAUUAGAAAUUGGAAAAUAUUUGUCCGCAAAUGUCGCAUAAUACCAUUUGAUUUUUUAAUAUAAUUUUUUUUUAAUUUUUUGAAAAUUUUUAAAGGAAAGAAAAAAUUUUUAAAGGAAAAUUUACCUAUAGAAAAUGGCUAUUUUUGGUUUUCACGUGAUCUUUACACUUUUAUCCGCUAGUGUAUUUGGCAAAAUUCAAGGACGUUUAUCUUUAUGUGAUAUUUUUGUGUUUAAAGGUUUGUACUAUUAUCUACUUGAGGGUUCGUUGUUUCCGAGAUUGGUCAAACACAAGCAAGUACAGCAUCAGAAGGGGAAUAAUCAAGGAGGAAAUGGUAAAAGACGUGGAACAAGUACAAGUCAGAAGACUGCCAAUAAUAAAUCUCAAGUGGAAAAAAUGGGUGAAGAACAAAAAGAUCGUCUCAUUCGUCUCCCAUUAAAUUUGAAUGCUUUAGAAGGUGUUCCAUUUUUUGAUUCACUUAUUUGGACUUUUAAUUACAGCUAUUUUGCUUUGUUUGUUUUUGUUUUGAGCGAUUUGUAUAAUUUGGUCUUUCCAGAGAAUAAAGGUUUGUUGAAAUUUUGGGAAUUUUAG